AUGUCGCGUAGCCCGCAAUCACAAUUGAUGAUGAGCGCGAUGGUUCGCGUUAAAACGCCUAACGGAAAUUUCGUACGAGGUCGCGUUUUAUUAGAUACUUGUGCAACAGCACACUUUGUAACGAAGGAUUUCACCCGAGCGUUGAAGGCGCCUAUAAAUCCGUGUUCUAUUUCAGUCGGGGCGAUUAACGAUUUAAACACCAUUUCAAACGGAACGGUCGAACUUGACAUUUACUCGAUCCAUAACGACUUCAAGAAAAAACUUACGUUCUUGUUAAUACCGAAAAUUGCCGAACGAAUUCCGAACGAAGUAUUCCCACGCGAAUCGAUCAACAUUCCCGCAAAUUUAAAAUUAGCUGAUCCACAGUUUCAUAUGCCACAAUCAAUCGACAUGAUUAUCGGAUCCGGAGCUACAUUGUCUUUGCUAUCGAUCGGACAAAUUAAUCUUUCGCGAGAUAAUUGUGACUUAUUUUUACAAAAAACCCAACUCGGCUGGGUCGUCGUCAUGGGGGUGGCCUCCACCAGCGGAAGGAAAAUCGUUUCAUGUAAAUUAACGGAAUUGACAGAGCAGAUCGCGAAAUUCUGGUUAUUAGAAGACACGACCGCGAAUCGAGUUAAAAUACCAGAAAAUUUAGAAUGUGAAACGCAUUACACGCAAAACACGACACGCGAUAAUUCCGGCCGCUACACUGUGCGAUUACCAUUCCGUUUAACCGAAAGAGAUUUCGGGAAUUCACGCGCGAUCGCACUACGUCGAUUUUACGGAUUACAGAGAAAACUCGGUGCUAAUCCUACACUCAGACGCGAAUACGAGAACGUGAUGCGCGAAUACAUUGAGUUAAAUUAUAUGUCGUUAAUAAUAGACGAUACUGAGGAUGGUUAUUAUCUCCCUCACCAUGCGGUUAUAAAACCUACGAGUACCACAACCAAGGUACGAGUCGUAUUCAAUGCAUCGGCAAAGACCAAUAAAGGAAUAUCAUUAAACGAUGCCUUAAUGGUCGGCCCCACGAUUCAAGCUAAAUUAUUCGAACAUCUUAUUCGCCUCCGUGCACACAAAUACGUACUCAUUGCCGACAUCGAAAAGAUGUACCGGCAAAUUCAAAUUCAUCCUGAUGACCGUCGAUAUCAAAAAAUAUUUUGGUAUCACGAGAAUCACAUUCGCACUUUCCAAUUAAAUACUGUGACUUUCGGUGUAUCAGCAGCUCCAUUUCUCGCCAUUCGAACGGUACAACAACUCGCAGAGGACGAAGCCGUAAAUUUCCCACUAGGCGCCGAAAUUCUAAAACGCGAUUUCUAUGUCGAUGAUCUCUUAACCGGAGCCGAUACGUUAGAACAGCUUUUACAAAUUCGCGACGAGGUUAUCGAGAUUCUAAGACGCGGCGGUUUCAGUAUGAGACAAUGGGCGUCGACUCACCCACAAGCUCUCGAGGGUUUAGACAAAAAAAUUAUAGAUGUAGAAUUUCUAACUAACGAGAACCUCAUUUAA